GUAGGGGGCGCGCCGUGCGAGGGGGGCGAGACCGUCGAUCGCGCGGGGGGUGGCGAGAGACAGGCGGGUAGACGGGUAGACAGGUAUAUAGCUGGAAUUCGACCGGCGAACUACCACAUACGACCAUAGGAUUCGGAGAACUCGGGGUCCCGUCCGCUCCCCCCUAGAUAAACCGGAUACCGCCGGAUUAGUAGUUGGGUCGGUGACGACCAGCGAAUCCCCGGUGUUGUAUGUUUUUGCCUCUCUUUCUUUUUUCUUUUUUCCUUCUCUCGUUCGUGGAUUCAGAUCGAGAUUGCACCGGUCAGGAUAUUCCUCCUCUCUGUAUCGUGUGUCCCCAGGCCAAAAUGGCUGUGCUGAGGGCCGCGUUGGCCGUCUCUCGUAGCUAUGGCCGCACACGGGAGAGCCGGACCAAGAUGGCAUCCUCGCAUUGGCUUGUUAGCCCCCUGAGCCAACUGAGCUCGCGCAGGUCAGGCCAGGUCCGGCGGACGGUGGCCCGGGCCUUGGCUUCGUCUCUACCCCGAAAGUUGCUAGUCCGUGUUCUUCUAGGUGUGGCUGGUGCUUGGGAGUGCCGUUUUCGGCGUGGGGCGAAGAAGGAUUUCUAUUAUGGGAGUCGGCGCAGGAUGGGGACGUUAUACCUAGCUAUCAGCCCUCGUGUUGGCAGCUAGUAAGAGCAACGCUUAGAAACUGUGGGCUGAGCUAUAAAUUCCGGCGGACUCGAGAUCACCUGAUCGAGGUCGAUGAAGCGGCUUGUAAAUUUCAGCAAGUGUAGGUUGG